AGCAUGGUUGAAGGCCAUAGCAUGCGAGGAAGAUAAACACGUGAGGAAUAUUUAUGGUGUAGGCUUCGUAGAAUAAAAAUCAUGUUCUGUAACAGCAAUGCUUAUUGAAAAUAAAUAGAAGAGACAAAAGUGACGCCAUCAAGCAGUCGACUACACUCACUUAGCUAGACCGUAAAAUUAAACACUUUUAAGAAGAGUUUUCUGCAUUAGAAGUGAGCACUCCUCAGCAAGAGUGCCUUAGCUUUCUCAGUAAAUAUCAUAACAGCCCACAUCGGUGCAGCGUCCGUCCAUAGUUCACCUUAGCCACAUUCCAAGCCACCACGAUGCGAUCUGCCCUCUGCCUCUCAUUCCCAAUCCUCUUUCUCGUCUUUCUGAGCCUCCUCACAAAACCCACCUCCCCCGUCCCGACCACCCCCUCUGCCGAACCUCCCACUACCUCCCCGUCCCCACCGAUCGGUAACGGCACUCUGCCCUCGGAGACGCAGCCCGGCCUGGAGAACCUGCACUGUUUCCAGUGCACGGGCGAGUCGACCGAUCCGGACGACCACUGCACGGACAGCGGCUGGAUCUCGAUCCCGCGCGGUCAGCGGCUCGACUACCGCUACCUGUGCCCGCGACACAUGGACGACUUCUGCAUGAAAACCAUCGAGCGCUGGGAGAGCACCCGGCCCGGCGUGGCCGACAGGUUCCGCACGCGCAGAGGGUGCAGCGGAAAAACCAGGACCAGCCAACAGAGCGGCGACCCAGAGGGCGCGGGAGUGGAGUUCCUCGUCUCCAACGGAUGCACCGAUUUCCGCAAAAACCCCGCCACCGGCGCAUACGUGCAGAUGUGUUUCUGCGACAAGUCGCUGUGUAACACCGCGGGCCGGUGGGGAGCGCCGUCGGCCCCGCUGCUGCUGAUGCUACCGCUCGCCGUGACCCGGCCGUGACCGUCUGUGACGGGCCGUUAGCAGCGGCGUCACGGAGCGCAGGACCACUGUGACAGCCCGUCAACACGGGCGUGACGGACCGUCAACACGGGCGUGACGGCCCGCCAACACGGGCGUGAGUCAACACGACUGUGACGGAACAGCUGUAACGAGCUACCACCGCUGCUGCUGCUGCUGCUGCUGCUGCUGCUGACAGGCUGGACGAAAUGCCAUCGCCUCAGUGCAGGCAAAGUAGCCUGAGCAAGCCAUCAUCAGUGGGAUUUCCAGUUACCGUCGCCCACUGACCCCAUCACUUCAUCUACCGAGCCGCUGCCGGAACGCCCCACCGGCUCUCUGGCUUCCUUCUCAGCUCAGCGCAUCGGUGCCAUCUUCUUACCUCGCCGCCUCUCUGCCAUCCUCCUCACACCUCAUCGCCUCUCUGCCAUCUUCUCACACCUCACCGCCUCUGUGCCAUCCUUCUCGCCACCCACCGCUCGUUAGCCCAGCCCGUGAGCCCACUCACCCGUGACGGCUCACCGCUCGACGGCACGGAACCACAGCGGAGCACGGAGCGAAGAGUGAUUACAUCAGGGGCCUCCGGCGCCGAGUCAACAAUGACCGGGCCACGGCGCGGUGGUAACGCACGGCCGACCAGCGGGAACCGGCGCCGCGCCGCGCGGCCCAGUGGCCGGCGGCGUGAUGGGCGUGACACACUGACACAAUGAUGGUGACACAGUGCUCGAACGAGCUGACACGCGGCAUGUCGUCUGUUGUGACACGGCAAUGCAUUGAUUUGUGACACAACGGCUCAACUAUGACAAGCCAAUUGAUAUGAUGCUUAAUUUGUAGCUCGAUUUACAGCCAACACGUGCCUCCACGCACGCUAAUGAACCCCCUGCGCCUGCGCCGACCUCCAGACGGUCAAAUUCGUCCGGCCGGCUGCACUGUGUGCCUCGCCGGCCUGUUGAGCCAAUCACCGCUGGCAAGUGGCCCACCGGAUGGCGAAUAAUCGUACACAUUGACGCCGUAAGAGCCGACUGUUGGCCGGUGGCACAGACACGUGGCUGAGCUGAGGGUUGUUGGCUAGUACAGCGCAGAAGGGCGUUCCCAGACGAUAGGUAGUGAAAUGUUCGCCAAAGGUCGGCGCGGGCCGGAAACUGCGUGCUGUAUUGGCUGAUAUAUUGAUCAUGCUGUCGCCCAGACGUCAGGUGGGUCUAUAUUGGGAACGAUCGAUUAAUUCAGACUACAUGUUGAUGCUGUUUCAUGCUAGCCUUCGGAGAUUGGUUAUUUGUUGGGAGAUGAAAGUGGGAAGUGUUGAUAUUUGCAGUAAUAACAGCUACCGAUAGCACCUUGAAUAGCUCAAUCUGGGCAUUGCCUUCACCGAUAUUCGAUCAUGGGCAGGUUACAGUUUCUUUGAAAGCACCCAACGCUUAGUGUAAGAACAUAUUUCAAAUCGGUUGCGGACUCUUCGCCCCGCGUCUCAAACUGUGUAUUAUUUAGUGCACAACACAGAGGCACAGCAGAGUGUUCACUUACCCAGGUAAGGUAUACACGGCAGCUUCGCUCGAGACAAGAGAUCGCGGAGUUUCUCCCAGUUGUUGACAUCCAGAAACAACUCGCGCUGUUUCUCAAACUUCUGCAGAACAUUCUUGGGCAAAUGUGCCCACAUCUUUUGUAACCUGAAAGGAAAAGAAAGGUUGCUUUAAGACGCACAUUGUAUUGACUACAUAUUGACGUGAAAAUUUACGAAAUAAAUAUAACCAAUCCGACAUGC